AUUGAAGCAGGCCAAGUGCUUUACGCCACAAAUCGCUUGUGCUUUGUGGUCGCUCGGCUCUGUGGUAUUUUCCUCCCUUGUAGUCACCGGACGGGGCAGAUUCAGGGUGCAGUUGCAUCUUUUCAAGAUGUACUUCACAUGGCACUUGUAAAUACACUCGGAUCGUGACUGGCCCAGCCGCACAAUCUCACUCUGCAACGAUAAAACUUUUAAUGGUUUCCUCCCGUUAAAAAAAAAAACCUCAUUCCGGCAUCACCUCAAACAGACAGCGGCGCAUUUCGAUGGGACGAGCCUUCACAUCCGCCUCGGCUGUGAAGCGCAGUGGCUCCACGGGAACGACAAUACGAUCCUCCGAGGAAUAGGCGAUACUUUGGCCCAGCAGCUGGGUGGGCUCAUGCACAAUCACCUGGAGAGGUGCACAAAGGCGUCAUUAUUAUCGAUACAAUUGAUUGUUAACUCACCGCCAGCAUAUUUAGAGUAAACAAAUUUUGAUUACGAUAUAUUUUCACAUUGAGGCCGCUGAGGGAACCCGAAGCAGCCACGGACCACGGCCAAGUCUCGUCCGGCAAUUCGCAGCGCAGCGAGUUGAAGACAUACGCAAGUCCCCUGUAGGUGGAGACUGACCGAAAGAGACUGCAGCAGUUCAUGGGCUUGCGGCGCCACGUGCACUCCAUAAAGAAAUGCUUGCAAGAAUCCUGCACUGAAUCAUGUAUGGAGUCCAAGUCCAGCAUGGUGGGAUCCACAUCUGCGUAGUCGGCAAACUCUUCGAAGCUAUGUUCAUCGAGUCGGGCUGCAUCGGGGGUUUGCCAGAGAACGGCCCGCGCCAUAUUGAAGACUCUGGUGCGGCGCUGCGCCUCCUGUGACAUAUUGAGAUUGGUGACAACCAUGGGAAUGAUGGUCACUGCCGGAAAACUGAUCUCCGAUACGUGGACGUCGGUGCGUUCGAUGGUCGUUUGCACCCAGUAGUAAAAGUAGCGCUCCGAGGAGAGGAUGCACACAUAGACAGUGGCAAUGGCAAAGAUCACCUUCAGUGGUAUGCGGGCACAGCUGCAAAGGGGUUCAAGUGGGGGGUUCAAGUUGGGGCAGUGUCAGCGAAAGUGUGUGGUUAACCUACCGCCUAAUGGAAAGCCAUUUACUGUUUUUCUUUUUGUCCUUUUUCUUGGACUUAGUCUGCUUGCCCGGCCCACUAUCAUUAACAUCAUCAUCAUCGCCGUCAUUACCGAGUUGCGGAUCAGGCUGCCACUCAACUUCACCCAUUUCGCUCAACCAAAGGACUGAGGACUUGGGCUGGGUAAAGUCACGGUUAAUUGGGAGGCGAGCCCGCUAAUCAAUGAGUGCGACGACACGGACACGCACCUCUUCCACUUCCGGCUUAUCAUUUGCCGCAAACAUAACUACUCAAUUACAGGCCGAUGUGAACCGUAAUGGAUGCCUGUCCGAUAAAAGUUUCCCACAGCAAUUUGCACAGCCAUUCCAUAAAAGGGUUCCCCGGCAGCCGGACCACAGCUCAGUGAAUCAACGACACGCGUCCCGGCAUGGCGAAUGGCGACAAAUCGGAUGAGCCGCAGAAGGCUGACGCUAAGUGCUUUAUGGAGUUGCUGCGCGUCUACUUUCGGAGCUACUGCGAAAAGUCAACCAUCCAUUGUGUCCGCUAUCUCUACGAUCCGCAGCUGCACAACCUGGAGAGGUCUGCAGGCGUUAAGCGUUGAGCAGGCAAGUGGAUUGAUUGGCCACUGAUGCACCUUGUGCUGUCCCUUUGCAGACUUAUCUGGUGUUUGCUGCUCUGCGGCAGCAUUGCCCUGUCGUGGUUCUUCUAUCUGAUGCUGUCGGAACGAUUUGUGUCGCAGAAGCUGCAAACUGUCGUCCAAGAUCCGCAGUAUCCCGUCUUUCUCGUUGAAUUUCCAGCCGUUGGCAUUUGCCCUCACAAUCGCAUCAAUUGGAGCCAGCUCAAGGCAGCCAAGGCGCGAUUCCUGCCUGCCAAUGCCAGCUCGGAGCUGGUGGCGUCCUUCACCACUUUGGUUAUUCGUCUGGAAACGCUGAGCUUUGGCAGCUAUGCGGCCGGCUUGUCAGAGCUGAAGGACGACAAUCUCGAGGCAAUGAACUUCAUUAACCUCACAACGUUGGCAUAUUUCCUGACGCUAAGCUGCGAGGAUAUUAUUGUGCCGGACUCGUGCCUGUGGCGCAGCUCGCCCUUCGACUGCUGCGAGUACUUUGUAAUGGAGAAGACGGAGUUCGGGUUCUGUCUGGUGUUCAACUCGGAGCUUUCGCCGCGCUCCAAGGAGAUCAAGGCACGCGAGGGCCCCAAAUUCUAUCCGCGUCACAAUGCGAAGGCUGGUCAGGGCACGGGUCUCAACUUUGAUCUGCUCAUCAAUGAGAGCUUCAAGCGACCGAACUCCCUGGCUACCGACAAAGUCUAUAUAAUGAUCAAGAAGCCAGACCAAAUGAGCAAUGUGGUCUAUUCCAUGACCCAAAACACCGAGACCUAUGUGACGGUUCGGCCCGACCUGACGUGGACCGAUGAGACUACCCGGAGCAUUCCUCCCGAGCGUCGCAAUUGUCUGUUUGUGGACGAGCAGCUGGAAUUGGAUCCCGCGGACUCGGCCAAGAAGUAUGGCAGACCCUUUCAGCUGACCAACUGUCUGAAUCGGUGCCACGAGUCGUACCUGAUUGAGCUCUGCAACUGCUCCCUGCCCAUUUUCUUUCUGCAAAACCAAAAAGUCAAGGAAUGCACUGCAACCAGCCUGCGGUGCCUCGCAAGGAAUAAUGAUAUUUUCAGCUACGACAAGCGUCGGGAGGAGGAUGCUCUGUUUAGUGCCACCAAGCCAGGCAUGACAUGCUCCUGUCUGGUCAACUGCUAUCUGCUCGACUACUACACAUCCACAACGACGUUGCCGCUCUCCGCCAAGCGAAUUCCCAAGAAUCCGCAGCAGAAACUCUUCAAGGGGGAUGUGCACUACCAAGUGGAGACGACGCCGCUGUACCGCACCAGUCUGGAGUUUACCACGAUUGAUUUGAUUGCUAAUUUGGGUGGCAUCUUUGGCCUGUGCUUGGGCGCGUCUAUGGUCAGUGCAUUUGAAUUGAUUUACUAUCUAACCAUCGGCUUUGGCAUGCAUCUUUAUGACAACGCAUACUUUGGCGUACUCCAGCACAAAAUAAAGAUAAAGUGGCGCACCUUCAAGAGCUAUUUGCAGAACGAAGUCACCCACCUAGCUGACCACCAGGUGCAUACAACCCAAAAGGAACAGGCCAAAAGCAAGAUAAGGCAUCCGCACCAGCAGCAGCACCAGCAGCAGCACCAGCACCAUAGGAAUGCUUGGUGA